AAAGAUUCAAAUUCUCUUAUGGUACAACUUUAAUUUGUAUCUUUAUACAUAAUGGUACAAUUUCAAAUUGUACUUUAAAAGCGCUGAUUAUUUACAUACGUGUGAUACUUAUUGGAAUGUCAUCGAAAAAACAUUUACCAAAAAAAGAUUGUAACAGAACAACGUACGGCUGUCGGAGGAACUUAUUAAUUACAUAUUAGGUUUCACUAGAAACAAGCCCUGAAAUCUGAAUGGUGUCGCAUAAACAGGGGAUUUCCAUUGCCCAAUAAACCAACCUAUAAUAUAAUUAAUUGUAAAUUCGGGAUUGCAUUAAUUAGUUCUAUGAUUUAUAGUUGACCAAGGUGACUUGAGCAAUACUCAAUAGAGUUCUCCUCCCCCGGCCCCAUAUAACAUAAAUGGAAAACACCAUUUAAAAAAAAAUUAAUGUCGCUAGGGAUCAAUAAAGCAUCGGAAAGAUCCAUACUUUAUAAGUAAGAAAUUGAUUUUAACUGAUACGACGCGUUUUGAGUAAAAAUGGAAGACCUUUUGUGAGCAUUACGACGCCUUGACGAAUGAUUAUUUUUCAUUAAAUUUUUGUAAAAUAUGCCUGUAAGUUUUUGCAUCUAAUAAGAUCAAUCUUGAUAUAUUUUUGGAUAUCAUCAUUGUGACCAUAUUAUUUGCAACGCAACUGUGCCACGUCAGUGUGUCCUUCUCAAAAUAUUACAGUUUGUCUCAUAUAUUUAGCUUAUUGCGAACUAGAGAUUCAAUUAAUUGUGAAUUAGAAUGCCUCAAUGACUACUAAGUACUAACAAGACUUCAUAAUCGUUGGAGGCUUCGUUUUAAUUAGACCAUAUACCAAAUUAACGUAUUUUAGUAUCGGUUAUUUAGGUGUUUAGUUGCUGUUAAGUUAAAGAUGGGGUUUGGAAGACGCAAAACAGACAUAUUAACUGAAUAUUGCAAUCAUUAUAAUGUGUGUUUCACAAAUUAUGUUGCAAUCUGACGACAUGGCGCGUGAUGGUACAAAACUUACAGCUUAAUCUCCGGCCGCCGCCGCCGCCGCCGCCGUUGAACGUAUGUGUUUCGCGACAGCGUGCUUGUUGGGUAACGGGGGCAACGUAGCCUUCUCAGUUGGUGGGCUCGAACCCAUCCAAUUGAUUAACUUCCGAUUUCAGCUUCUGCCAAUAUUGGUAAGGGUUUUGGAUAAUAUUAUUUCAGCUUCCUUAAUAUAUUUGAAAUUGAUAUAAUUUUUUAUUUAAAAUGAAAGAGAUAUAGUUGUUGAUAAAUAACGAGGGAUUAAUUACCGAAAAAAAAAUAACGAGGGAUUAGUUAUGUAAACAAUAGGUGAUAGGUCCAUGAGAUUAAUCUAAAAGACUCAUAUUUGUGUUAGCACCCUAACUGCAAUUUACGAUGUUAUAUUAUACUGUCCUAUCCCAAAAACAAAAUAUAUAGGAGUCACAAUUCUUUAAUACGUCCCCUCAAAAGAAAUGACCACAUCAUGAUAUUAAUGUUAAAUGCAUCAAUACUCAGCCAAAUAAGUAAUCCUAGACUUCAAUAUGAUAUCAACAGUGACGGAGUCAGGAAACUGAAUUAGGAGGCUUUACUUGAACUGUGAUUAGGGAUGGCAAUUACCCACCCAUGGGUAAUUAUACCCAAAUCCAAGUAAACCCAUUCAUAAUGAGUUGGGUAUGGGUGAAGUGUAUAUGAGUUGGGUAUAGGUAUGAAUAUUGCUUUCAUAAUCUAAAUGGGUAUGGGUUGGAUAUGGAUAUCCAUUUACUUGAGAGUGUUUUAACUACACAUGCAAAAAUUGGACCUAUUUGUAAAACUUGAAAACUUUAGGUACCAAAAUGUAAGACCAAAAAAAUUUAGGUGCCAAAACGUAAAUUUUCAUCGAUAUUUGGAGGACUUUUAUGCCAACAAAAUUAAAUUUAAGCACUAAAUAUGCAUAUCUAUUAAAUUUAGGUACCAAACUGUAAUUUACAUUUGGGCAUGGGUACAAACCCAAAUCCAUUUGUUAUAAACCCAACCCAAGUAAAUGGGUAUGGGUACAAACCCAUCAAACUCUACACAUAUCCAUCUAUUUGGAUUUCAUACCCAACCCUAUUGGGUUGGAUAGUUAAAAAUCCAUGGGUAUGAGCAAAAUUGUCAUUCCUAACUAUGAUAACUGGGGAAGGGGGCUAAGCCCUUACCAACUACUCUAUUUCCUAAAUUUGUUACGAAUGUCACAUGUACUAUAUUUUUAAAAUUUGAGGGGGCUAUAGCCCCUCCAGACUUCAAUCUAACUCCUCCACCGGAUAUCAAUACUCUACCACUGAAUUGUUGAAAGAACUUUAAAUAUAAUUUAGACAUGAUAUUCCAUGAAACUACCAUUCUUAUUUUAUUAUACUUAAAAAAAUAGACCACAUCUCAAUUCUAAAACAAGGUAUCUAUGGUUCAUUGUACAGACAUGGAUCACAUGCACUUGAAUUUCCACAAACCAACCAACAAAGAGAAGGAAAAAUGGCUAAAGAGAGAUAAGAUAUUAGCAACAUUUAUUAAUUGUUUCAGGCUAAUGGGUAAUGGUUUGAUGUCUUAGUCAAUACAUGUGACAAACAUAUAUAUAGAUGAGAAGAUCUACAUUUUGGCUCCACGCUCUCAUCUAUUUCUCACCAAACUCUGCACAUAUAGUUGUUGGGUCUUAAUUAGUAUAUAUUUACAUACUACUUGGACUCAUUACUUCCAUGGUCAAAUAGUUACCUUUGUUUUAGUGUAAAUUGGGGUUUUCCCUCUCACUAUGGAGUAAAAUUACAAUAACGACUACAUUUAAAGGAGAGGAGAUCUGUAACACUUUUAAAAAAAUUCAACACCGACAAAGUACAUGAGAUUAUUAAUGGUUGAUAAGAAAUAAUCCAACGUUAUAUGAGAAGACACAUUUUGAGAUGAAACGAAGAAAUUCUUAUAAGAACUUUAAAGUUACACAUGUUCAGUAUAGAGCAAUGUACAUAUAGAUGACCUCGCGUGAAAAUACAUGGUUGUGCGCCAGAUUAGAAAAAAGGUUUGAAGUUGUUGUUAAGAAGAGUUUCUUUACCUUCUGAAAGUUUGUUAUAUGAAGUUUGAAGGUUUGGCGUUGGGCGAAAGCAGUCUAUGGAAGUUGUUAGCUUUGCGUGACGCAAUGUUAUGGAGCCUUAAUCGUGUUUAUUCUGCUGUCUGUUUCUGUGGUGAUUCCCAAUUGGUCAUCCGACGUGCAUUGGAGAAUGAUGUCAAUCAUGAUCGCGGAGGAGCGGUGCUUGAGGAAGUGCGGAAGCUGAAGACUUCUUUUGCUUCUAUUUCCUUUGUUUUUGCUCCUCGUAGAACUAACAGGGCUGCCCAUCGCGUGGCACAAACGACCAUUGCAUCGGUAGCGACCCAUAUGGUUGACUACCACGUUUUUAUUUCCAUUGCACUGUAAUACUCUAUAUCAAUGUUGUUAAAACCGAACCGGAGCAUGACCCGAUAAUAUGAACGGCUCACACUUUAGUGGUCCAACCGGUAUUAAACCGUUAAACAACCGUUAAAGAACCGGUACCUUAUAAACAAUAAUAUCAAAGUAGAAGAUACAUAAUGUAAUAAUUUAACAAUUUAAUAGCUAAAAUAAAAUUUUGUUUGCAGGUAUCAUUUAGUAAUUUUACACACACAUAUAUAUAUAUAUAUAUAAUCAUUAAAGAAACCCUAGUCCUACCAUAACCCCCUUAGCAGCCGCCGCUUCUUCCUUCUUCUUCCUGUAGACGACCGCCCUUCUACUUCUUUCUUCUUCUUUCUCAUACUGUUCAAGGCCCCUUCUUCUUCUUUCUGCUUCCAUUCAAGUUCCCACACACAGAGGCCGACAGUAGAAGUCGUCGGCAAUGGAGCUCUUCCUUUUUCUCUUUUCGUGGUUCACGGGUAUGCUUGGGGAAUGGAGCGAGCAGACAGUGGAGAGAGCCGUCAAUGUCGACAUAUCAGAGUCCCAUUCCUCUGUUCCUGUCGGUUGGGUUCUGGCGUCUGUAAAAUUCCGAUAGUUCCAGCGAUGUCAACCCAGCAACCAUUUUUUUUUCUUCUUCUUCGCGACCGACGACCAUGAGUUGAAAACCGGUCAGACGGCCCGAGCGGUUAAUCGCUUCGACAGUCUGCCGCCCAUCCAUACUGGCCGUCACGAUUAUUAGACUGAUCCAGACCGAGCUGGUGACCGGAUCUCGGUUUUACCGGUCGGACCAACCGGCUCGGUCCGGCUUUAACAACACUGCUCUAUCUAUUACGAUCUAUCUAUGACAAAAAAAAAAAAAAAACAGUCUGUGGCUUGGGGAUCAUGUGUUGGGCCGAGCUGGAUGAGCCCAAUGACAAUGCAAUAGCCUUACGUGGUCACUAAGCCCUAAAUGUGUGUGUAGACUGUAGAGUGCUUAAACGUGGAGGGUUAGAUACUUAGAUUGGACUGGGGAGUGGGGAGGAAGAUAGCAGGCCCAACCCAGCUGGGAGAAGCUAAAGGGGACUUUCUAAAGCCCGUCAAAAUUACUGCCAUUUGUAAGCCCAAAAUCUACUGUUGCUUCGUACAAACUAACAAAAUGAAUUUUUUCACUUUGUUUUUUUUGGUAAAUACAAUUUAAUAUCCAAACCUUUCAUUUUAAACAAUAUAAUAGCCAAACCUUUUCGAAAACAAUCUAAUAUCCAAAUCGUCAACUUUCCGUUCGUUUGACCGUUAGUUGACACUUCAAAAAAGUUCGAAGUACGACGCUUCAUCAAUAUCCAUCGAUAUCUUCUCUGAAAAACCACCAAGAUAUCGUGGUUCCAACCCCGAGAAGUCCAUGACUCCACCAUGGUGGUAUAGAAUAUCUAAAUAUUCAGUCAUCUGCAAUGCCAUAACAAGAAAACAAAGUUGUAUUGUGACAAUUUCCCCUAAACAAAGCUUUUUUGAAGUGUUAACCAAUGGUCAAACGGACGGAAAGUUGAUGAUUUGGAUAUUAGAUUGUUUUCGAAAAGGUUUGGCUAUUAUAUUGUUUAAAAUGAAAGGUUUGGAUAUUAAAUUGUAUUUACUCUUUUUUUUUUUUUUACACUAAGAGAUCGCACAUAUUAGUGAGAAAAACAGCCAGAUACAAAGUGGUUUACAUGAUGGAAAAAAAUUAAUAAACAAAAUUGAACUCAAUCAAAGAAUGGAACAAUGAAAGAGUUUUUCGUGCCAUCAAAUGAUUGUUACUACUACAACCAACAAAUCUAACACUAAACGGAUCGAAGGCAUGAUGUAGAUACAUGACUUCCUCAAUCACCAUCCCCCACGGGUAAUAGUAGACUGCCCCUCCAUGAUCUUCUCAAUCACAAUCUUAGCGUCACCCAUAAAGACCACCGGUGUUC